AUGCCGCCGAAGAAGGCCGCCCCCGUCGAAAAGAUCCGGCUGGGCCGCCCGUCGAACAACCUCAAGAUGGGCAUCGUCGGCCUGCCCAACGUCGGAAAGUCGUCGCUGUUCAAUGUGAUUGCCAAGUGCGACCUGGGCAAGGCCGCCAACUUCCCAUACGCCACCAUCGAGCCAGAAGAGGCGCGCGUCCCCGUCCCCGACGAGCGCUUCAAGUGGCUCUGCGAGCAGUAUAAGCCAAAGUCCGAGAUCCCCGCCUUUCUCACGUGCAUCGACAUUGCCGGCCUGACGGCGGGUGCCUCGACCGGCGCCGGUCUCGGCAACGCAUUCCUGUCCAACGUCCGCUCCGUCGACGGCAUCUUCCAGGUCGUCCGCGCAUUCGACGACGCCGAGGUCAUCCACGUCGAGGGCGAUGUCAACCCGAUCCGCGACAUGGAGAUCAUCUCGACCGAGCUGCGGCUCAAGGACAUCGAGUGGACGGAAAAGGCCCUCGACCUGGCCAAGAAGAACGCCCGCUCGGCCGGCAACAACAGCCUCGAAGACCGCAAGAAGAAGGAGGAGGUCGCCAUCAUCGAAAAGAUCCUCAAGCACCUCCAGGAGGACAACCGCGACGUCCGCAAGGGCGACUGGAGCAACGCAGAGGUCGACGUGCUCAACGAGAUGAACCUGCUCACCGCCAAGAAUGUCGUCUACCUCGUCAACCUCAGCGAAAAGGACUACGUCCGCAAGAAGAACAAGUGGCUGCCCAAGAUCCACGAGUGGAUCCAGAAGAACAACCCGGGCGACCUGCUCAUCCCCUUUUCCGUCUCGCUCGAGGAGCGCCUCCUUCAGCUCGGCUCGCCCGAAGCAGAGGCAGAAGAGCUCAAGACGCUCGGCCCCAACGUCACCGGCGCCCUCGGCAAGAUCACAAAGGCAGGCUACGACGGCCUCGACCUCCAGCGAUACUUUACCGCAGGCGCCGACGAGGUCCGAGCUUGGACGUUCCGUCGUGGCAUUGCAGCACCCGCCGCAGCGGGUUUGAUCCACACAGAUUUCCAGAAAAAGUUCGUCUGCGGCGAGGUCAUGGCGUACGAGGAUCUAAAGGAGUUGGGAAGCGAGGCGGCAGUCAAGGCGGCCGGAAAGCAGCGACAGGUUGGCAAGACGUACGUCGUACAGGAUGGAGAUAUCGUCCACUGGCUCGCGUCACGAUAA